CGGCAUACUCUACUAGCCUAUCAUAACUCAUUCACUUGUGGCUAUGUCAAAUUGUCAAUUUAAAUUAUCACUGCACACUCAAGUGAAUGACGCUUCUUUAUGUUCCAAGUAUCUAUCAACCAAUUAUAGAAGACUCUUUCCCAACUACCUUGUUUCCGCAAUGAAUCUUGCGUUCCAAGCUGGCGCAUUAGUACAUGUAAUAGCGCGUGCUUCCGCUUUUCCCUUUCAGUAGAAAAGUACUAGGAAAACGGGAAAUAAACUAUUUUAUUCGAAGAGAAACAUCGAGUGGGGAGGAUCUAGUUGUGCUCGUUUUGGAAUAAUUCGAUUGGGAGAGUAUAAUCUGGGAGAGAGAGUGUCUACAACUGUGAAGAUAAUUACAUAUGUUUUGUAUGAGCGCUAGCCAAUAGAUCUAUUUUUCGCCACGGUUUGUUCUUUCCAAAGGAAUAAUGACGAACACUUGGAUACUAUUGACUCUCGCGGUGGCUACCUGUUUUAUGAGUGAAACGAUAUUGAUCUCGGCCCAGUCGGAUUACCUGUACCUGGAUGACCAAUCAGGUGACUCCGUAGACGACGACGGUUACAACUCUGGCUCCGGGUCCGGUGAUAUGAUUAUCGGUGAGGUCACUGAGCCAGUCAAAGUGAAAAGGGUGUUCGCCGCUCCUGAAGCAGAGCCAACCCAGGACUCUCUACCAGACCUUUCAACCACAAUGGAGAUGUUGACAUUCACUGACCUGGGCACAGAAAUGGCAGAGACAGAAACAGAGACCCAGGUCCCUGAGCAGUCUCUGGACGUGACAGAGGAGACUGUUAUCAGUAGUGAAGCUCCUCCCAGCACCACUGGGGCUUCCGGGUUGCUGUACGAGGCAGACGUACCCUACGAUGUACACUCCGAAAACCUAUUCCAGAGAACGGAGGUGCUAGCAGCGGUGAUAGCUGGCGGGGUUAUAGGUUUGCUGUUCGCCAUCUUCCUCAUCCUCCUCCUGGUCUACAGGAUGAGGAAGAAGGACGAGGGGAGCUACGUCCUCGGAGAACGCAAGGCCCCUAGCUCAGCCUAUCAGAAAGCCCCCACCAAGGAGUUCUAUGCCUGAAACACAACCACCAUCACUAUGAGGAGAAACCUCUGGAGCAACAUAAAGACGAAGUCUGUGUCCCAAAUGGCACCCUAUGCCCUCUAUAGUGUACUUACUACUUUUAACCAGUAUCUCUGCACCAUAUAGGGUGUCAUUUGGGAUGCAUACAAAACAUCUCAUACAGCAGGGUCCUCCUCGCAUGCUGUUGGUUGAAAUGGUAUUGAAUGAGGAAGUGUUUCAAGGAGCUUUUUCAUAUAGCAAAUAUAUACUUUUCCUUAAUGAGGCCAAACAGGGCUAUUGUAAAUGUUUCAUAUUUUGGAUCAUUAGAACGGUUGGAGAAUUUCCUUGUCAUGUGAGGACGUGAAACAUAUUCAUAGAUGGUCAUGGACCACUUUCUAACUGUAGAGGUACAUAUUUGUAAGGAAGGAAAAGCAACUUUUUAAAGGUCACUGAAAUAAAAAUGACAGAAUAUAAUUGUCCUUAUAGCUAUUUUUGAUUUUUUUCAUAGCAUGUCCAAAGUUGUUUUUUUUUCAUUAACUUAUGUUUUUCAUGUUGAGGUGAUGUAAUGUUUCUAGUCUCAAAGCAAUCUGGUCUCCAAUUUAACUUGGAUUAAACAUUUUUUUUUGCUUUGUUAUUAUGGUAUUUUUCUUGUCAUUGUGUGAAAUGAAUUACAGGAUUCCAUAACUACCCAGUUUCAUCUCACCAAAGCAAAGGACAUUCCCUUCUAGUAAAACAUUACUGAUAUAAAGCAGUGUUUACCAACUCCAGUCCCCAACAGUACACAUUUGUUGUAGUCCCUGACAAACUUGCCUGAUUCAAUUUGAAUUAAAUCAGGUGAGUUUGUCUGGGGCUACAACAACGUGUACUGUCGGAGGUACUCGAGGCCUGGAGUUAAGAAACACUGAUUUAAAUGGUACUUUUAAUGGCAGGGGUGUAAAACUCAUUCCAUGGCAGGCCUAGUGUCUGGGUUUUUGUUUUUUCUUCUCAAGACCUAGACAACCUGGUGAGGUGUUUACUAAUUAGGGACCUUAAUCAAUCAAGUACAAGGGAUGAGUGAACCUGCAGACACUCAGCCCUCUGUGGAAUGAGUUUGACACGUGCAUUAUAUCACAAGAGGUUGGUGGCACCUUUAAUUAAGGAGACCGGCUCAUGGUAAUGUAUCAAAAACAUGAUUUCCAGGUGUUUGAUGCCAUUCCAUUUACUCCGUUCUGGCCAUUCUUAUGAGCCGUUCUCCCUCAGCAGCCUCCGCUGCUAUAUGUACUCGGUGUACCAGUUUCUGUUACCCAAAAUAUAGUGAAACCUUUUCAGUAGGUUUCACUAUUAGGUCCAUGAAUUUUCUCCUAUGAUCACAAUGGUAUUUUAAGACUUGGGUGUUUUUAUAAACAAACCUGCAAAACUUUUCUCACCAAUUUAUGAUAUAAAAGCUGAUUUUUUUUUUUUCAUUUAUCUGCAGCUUUUAAAUGAUGACUUGCUAGAUAUGGGGAACUAAUGCUAAUGAACAGUCCUAUGCGCUCAACUCUUUUCAGUUGACUUUGUCAUUUCUUUAGUACAGUGAUUUUCUCUAGCCACAGAUGGGACACCGGAUGUCUCUGUAAUAUCUGUUUCAACUUUGACUGAAAAUCUGUCAUUCGAAAGUCCAGGGCGCUUUCCCAAAUGGCACCCUAGAGCCAUAUGAACACUGGUCAAAAGCAGUGCACUAAAUAGGGACUAGGGUGCUAUUUGUGAUGUAGUCCCAGUGAACAGGACAUGGUGUACCUUAUUACUUAUCUGUUCCCCCUCUAGCAUCUGUAAAGAAUUAUGAAUGUCUACUAUAGAACAGACGGUUCCUCUUCCCUAAAAUAAAUAACUUCUAUGAUCACUGGGCUGAUGUGUUUCUCAUGGUACGUAAUUAUUGAAUAAAGGUACUUCACAGUAAGACUUUCCUUGGACUUGGAACAGUGUUUUUGCCAUUUAUCACAUGCAACACAAUGUCCCCAGUUAUUUAGUGACCUUCAGUCCUGACUAUUCUAAAGGUAGACUCAGCGAAAUGAUGUCGAUGCAUAAAGUAAAACUGCAUAGUGGGUCAAUUUCCACAACUAAGAGCGCGAGGCUAAACUUCUCCGCUGUUUUGGUCCAGUGGUUGCCAUAUUGUAAGAGCGGGCUGUGACGGGAACCCGUGUGCAAAUGCUGUAUGUGUGACAGAGUGAAAUCUUGCUCAUUGAAAUCUUGGCAGUGCUGCUUAUGCAACACAAUUUCGCUAACUACCUUUAGGUCAGUGGUGCAUCUGUAUAAUGUCUGUACUAUAAUUUAUAUAUUAAUUUAUAUUACAUAUUUGAAAUAUGUUCAAGUAUAUUCACAAAUGUUUUAAGCCUUUGAAGUGCCUACCAUUCUGAAAGUUUUUUUUUUUUUUUUUUUUUACUGUUUGGGACAAAAGAUAUCUUCUCAGUGGCAUGAAGUAGUAGUCACGAAUAUAAGCACAGGAUACUGAUGGCAACUUAGUGUUACAAAAGCAGUGUUGUAUGUUAUGAUGGGAGACACUACUGAAUAAACAAUGUGGCUUAAUAUUAAAUCAUCAAAUGUG